AUGGAGGACAUCCAGAUGGACACCAGCUCGCCCACGGAGUCCAGCUCCGAGGUGAAUUUCAAUGCAGACGAAGAGAAAACCCAGGAAUCGCGUGCCGCCGCCGGCGUUUGUUACUGCGGCAAGGAGCGGAAUCUUAACAUCGUGGAGCUGCUCUGUGCCACCUGUGCCCGCUGGGUUCACGAGUCCUGCGUCUCUUACCAACUGGGCAAGGGCAAGCUCCUGCCCUUCAUCACCAACUAUGUGUUCGUUUGCAAGAGCUGCUCGGCCAGCGGAUUAGAGAGCUUUCGCAAGAGUCAGGCGACCAUUUCCCAGAUGUGCCACUGUGCCAUUGCCAACAUGCAGCAAACGGCUGCCAGGGAAGGACGUCGCCAGAUCCAGUUCAGCAAGGACAAGGAGAUCAUCCCGUACAUCGAACAGUACUGGGAGGCCAUGACCACAAUGCCGCGCCGGCUUACUCAAUCCUGGUACAGCACUGUCCAACGAUCAUUGGUAAAGGACGUCCAGACGCUGUUCACCUACGAGGAGCACUCUGAACACGGCUCUAUGUAUGGACUGUUCCACCAGGAUCUGCGGAUCAUCAAGCCCAACUACGAGGGCAUGAGUAAAAGCGGCGCCCUGCGUCUUACCGACGAUGGAUACACCCAAGCUGCUUUGUCAAAGAACAAUCGACAGAAGAGAAAAUUCCCCGGCACGGAUUCAGGACCCACGGGCAAGAAGGGUCGUCCCAGCUCCGAUGUCGCUGCGAAUGUUAAGCUGCCACCACAUGGCUAUCCUUUGGAGCACCCCUUCAACAAGGAUGGCUAUCGUUAUAUACUCGCCGAACCGGAUCCACAUGCUCCUUUUCGCCAGGAAUUCGACGAGAGCUCUGAUUGGGCCGGCAAACCCAUUCCCGGCUGGCUCUACCGCACCCUGGUGCCCCAUUCUGUGCUCCUGGCGCUGCACGAUAGGGCACCGCAGCUCAAGAUCAGCGAGGAUCGGCUGGCGGUGACGGGUGAACGGGGCUACUGCAUGGUCCGGGCCACCCACUCUGUGAAUCGGGGCUGCUGGUACUUCGAGAUCACUAUCGAGGAAAUGCCCGAGGGAGCUGCCACGCGACUCGGUUGGGGCAGGGAAUACGGCAACCUACAGGCUCCAUUGGGCUAUGACAAAUUCGGCUACUCCUGGAGAUCUCGCAAGGGCACCAAGUUCACCGAGAGCCAUGGGAAGCACUAUAGUGAGGCCUACGUAGAAGGCGACACCCUGGGAUUCCUGAUCGAACUGCCAGAGGAGACAGCGCUCGACUAUCUGCCCAACACAUUCAAAGAUCGGCCGCUGGUCAAGUUUAAGUCGCAUCUGUACUACGAGGACAAGGACAAGAUCACCGAGACGCUUAAGAAUCUGCACAUCCUGCAGGGAAGUCGCAUCGAGUUCUUUAAGAACGGCCAGUCGCAGGGCGUGGCAUUCGAGGACAUCUACGCCGGGAGCUACUUUCCGGCCAUUUCGAUUCACAAAAGUGCCACGGUCAGCGUGAACUUCGGACCCGCCUUCAAGUAUCCCGAGGUGCUCGGCGAUCGCAAAGCCAAGGGGAUGCACGAUCGCGUGGAGGAGUUGAUCACAGAGCAGUGCUUAGCCGACACCCUCUACCUCACUGAACACGAUGGACGUCUACGCCUGGAUAAUAUGGGUAUUUAAGGGAUAAGUCGUCUUUGGUCAUAGAUAACUAUAGCGACUUGGGUCUAACAUCCAUUUAACUGCGUUAAAACGAUGUGUUAUUUUUGUAUGCACUUUUUCAUUGGCCAGAAGAAUAUAUACUACGUGAAAAAGACUA